GCUACUAUAUAAGACCAACUUCACACUGCAGGAUAUCAAGAGCUGUUCUCAUCUCCACACUGUCAACAUGCGUUGCGCCAUUACUGGUUUCUGCCUAGUGCUGCUGGUGACCUCCAGCGUCGCCAUGUAUGGUAGCCGUAGUAGAAGUGGAUCUACUGGUGGUCGAUCCUCUGGGGCUACCAACGGUGGAUUUGGCGGCGGCUCUUCUGGUGGUAACAAUGGUGGAUAUAGCGGCGGCUCUUCUGGUGGUAACAAUGGUGGACAUAGUGGCAGCUCCUCUGGUGGUAACAAUGGUGGACAUAGCGGCGGCUCUUCUGGUGGUAACAAUGGUGGAUAUAGUGGCAGCUCCUCUGGUGGUAACAAUGGUGGAUAUAGUGGCAGCUCCUCUGGUGGUAACAAUGGUGGAUAUAGCGGCGGCUCCUCUGGUGGUAACAAUGGUGGAUAUAGCGGCGGCUCCUCUGGUGGUAGCGGCUCCACGGGUGGUGGCUCUGGCAACUCUGGUGGUUCUUAUGGCUACUAUGGAAAAUAAACAAGUAGCCAGUAACUUUUUUGGAUCAAACCUCAAAAUAUUCAACACCAAGACAGCCUCCCAUUCUCGGCCAACUAUUUGAGACGUUAAAAUAUGUCAGAAAUUUUAUAUUUCAAUAGAAAGUUGUAAAGAAAUUUGUGUAAUUGUAAUUUCAAUAAAAUUUUAUAUUAUU